AUGGGCUACAAUCUUACCGCAGAGAUGUUCAGCGAAUGGGCAAUAGGACUGGUUGUCAUUGCAGUUCGAUUGUACACGCGCUUCUCCGUGGACCGUGGAAUGUUCCGCUGGGACGAUGUGUGCCUGGUGCUUGGAACGCUUUUCUGGACUCUCCUUGUUGUAUUCUUAUAUCUGUGCACCGCUGUCUAUGGCAGCAAUAUAGGCCUCAAUGCCACCACUGCCGCUGAGGUGCCGGAUGAUCAGGUCCCAUCGUUAACCAAAGGCUCAAUCUAUGCGUUUCUUGCCUGGCUUUCGUACAUUCUCAUGGUGUGGUCUUUCAAGGGAGUGCUUGUGUUUCUCUACAACAGACUCACGUAA